CAAAACCCCAACACGCAACGCAAAAAAAAACACAACAAAAAAAAAGAAAGCUUAAAAUAAAACCAUAGAAGAAGCUCCGCAGCUCAAUCGUCAUUUCAAUCGCCGCCGCAUCUCAAUCGUGUUAUCGCAAUCUCAUUCUCGGGUUUUUUUGUUAUCAAUCCAAGUUCUAAUACGUCGCGGUUUUCCCUCUCCUUCUCUCCCUCUCGCUCGCUCUCUCUCUUGCCUUAACGGUCGUGUGUGCGUGUGUGUGUGUGUGAGUGAGUGUGUUAAUUGUUAUAUAGAUAUUAGCAUAUUUAUCAAAAUUAUCACAAAAUAUUAUUGCAAUUUUUUUACUGUGCACAUUUGUGAUAUACAAUAAUCGAAGUGGUUUUUUUUUUGCACGUGAGCAUAAUCAAAAAAAAAAUAGAUUUCGUAUAAAAUAAUAAUUUGGCGAACUUAAAAAAUUUACUAACAAAUAUGACCAAUUAUUGAGACAAGUGUGAAGCGCUUUGAACGCAGCCCAAAAUAAACAUCAUUAAAUUGCCCAAAGUCAAAGACAUCAGCCGAGCGUUGAAAACUGCAAUAAUGCACAUUUCAGCUGAGGUUAGUUCGACCACCUCAAAUCAAACACAGCCGCAGCACCACCACCAACAACAACAUCAACAACAACAACAACAACAACAGCAGCAACAACAACAGCAACAUACUGCGACUGCAACAACAACAAUAACAACAACGAAGCGACGCAAUGCAGAGACUAACAACAACAACAACAACAACCACAGCGGCAACAAUAACAACAACAACAACAACACUAGCAACAACAAUAAUAAUAACAACAACAACAACAACAACAACAAUGGCAGCAGCAAAAGCAAACCCGUGGACACGAGUCCAUAUCUGACGCCAGAGAAUCUGAUCGAGCGAACUGUCGAUGUUCUGCUCGCCGAACAUCCGGGCGAACUGGUUAAAACCGGUUCGCCACAUGUGGUUUGCACCACGCUGCCCACGCAUUGGCGCUCGAAUAAAACGCUGCCAAUUGCAUUUAAAGUGCUGGCACUGGGCGAGGUCAUGGAUGGCACCAUUGUCACCAUUCGGGCGGGCAACGAUGAGAACUUUUGCGGUGAACUGCGCAACUGCACCGCCGUCAUGAAGAACCAGGUGGCCAAGUUCAAUGAUCUACGUUUUGUCGGACGCAGCGGUCGAGGUAAAAGCUUUACGCUGACAAUUGUCAUCUCAACGAAUCCCAUACAGAUCGCCACCUACACGAAGGCCAUCAAGGUGACCGUCGAUGGACCCCGCGAGCCGCGUUCCAAGGUGCGUCAUCAGGGCUUUCAUCCGUUCGCAUUUGGACCACAACGCUUUGGCCCAGAUCCACUGAUGGCUGGAUUGCCCUUUAAGUUGCCAGGCUUCGCACAUCAUUUGGUGGGGAUGCACAGUCACCUGCAUGCGCCGGAUUGGCGAGCUCACAUGGCGUUGGGCGGACGCCCUGGAUUUCCAGCCGCGCCCUUUUUCGCCCAUCACCAUGGCGCCAGCUUUCCAGCAGCUGGCGGACUGCGUGGCUUGAGCGCAGACAAUCAGCAGCAACUGGCGACUGUGGGCGCGGCGCAUAGCACAACGAGUCCUGAGGGAUCGCCGACGACGACAACGACGACGAGUGCGACGCUGAGCGCGUUUGUGCAGCCGGCCGCAGCAUGUAGUAUGAGUGCGGGCAGCUCGCCGCCGCUGACGUUGACGAGCAUGCAGCAUCACGACAAUAACAACAACAGUAGCCACAACAACAACAGCAACAGCAACAUCGAUGCGGGCUUCGAGAGCGACAGCAUCUCGGUGACGGGAUCACCACGAAAAAGCAUCAGCUCGCUGACACACGACGAUGAGGAGGAAGCUGAUCCCGAUCCCGAUCCAGAUCCCGAGACGGAGACGGAAACUCGCCGCACUCGCAGUCGGAGUCGCAGUCCGACGCUGCUCAGCGCCGAUGCCAGCAGCGUGGCAACGCUAACGGACCCAACUCCAGGCAGCGGCGGUGCUUUUACGGCGCUGAUACAGCGCAGCAAGAAUCCCACGGAACUGUUUGGCGGCUUUGCGGCCGCCAGCGCUGGGCAUUUUGCACCGGCUGGCCACAGUUUCAAUCCCGCUCUGGCGGCUCAGCUCUUUCUGCAGAGUCCGCUGCUGCCGCAGUCCAGUCAAUGGCUCUACACUCAACUCUAUGGCAGCUACAGCGAGCUGCCUUGGCUGCGCACAGCUGCCGUUGCCGCAGCCGCCAGUUCAGCUCCCCAGCAACAGCAGCAGCAACAACAACAGCAGCAACAGCAGCAGCAGGAGGCAGCUGCUCAUGCAGUGGCAUCCACUGAUGCCGAUGGCGUUAAUCUGAUCAAGCGUUGCGUCACGCUGAUCACACACAAUCCACCGGAUGCCGAGAAUGCCAAUCCGAAUGCCUCGCCGCCCGUUAGCUCCACACGACGGUCGCCUUCACCUGUGGAGACGAUCGAUUUGGAUGAUGUGAGCACCACAUCACGUUCGGCCAGCGGAUCCAGCGGUGCUGGCGGUCCAAUACGCAAUCGUACGCCCAAGCCGACGGCUGAUGUCUGGCGUCCCUACUAGCGGCUGGCCGCCGCCUUGCUGGGCAGUUGUCUGGCGGCGCAGGGGGCGGGAGAAGUGCCCAUGGACACCCAGGGGACACUCAAGUAGGCCACUUGUGAAGGGUUGCUCAAGCAGUACGCUAUCUCGCUUAAGGGCAACAGCAAACAAAUUGAUUGGCAAUUAAGCAGACAAACGUAAAAAUGUUCACUGAUUUCAUUUCAAUAUGCAUUUCUGUUAGGCAAGUGCAAUUUGCAACUAAGUGCAACACAGUGUGGCCACUAAAUGAAUUUGUUGCAUCAACUGCAAAAAAAGAUUGAAAGUUAAGCGUUUCACAUUGUUUUUAAAAUGCAUUUUAGUAAAGCGAGUCAAAUAUGCAACAAAGUGGAACACAGUGAGGCGAUUAAAUCAAUUUGUUGCGAGCCAUUUAUGUAAUUCAUUGUUUAUUAAAAAAAAAUUCGAAUUUAUAAAGCAUAACACAAUGAAAUGCAAUUGCAGAAAAGUCAUUUAUUUAUACAAUU